CGCCAGCCGCGCUGCCCCAGCCGCCCGGCGGCCCGCGACGCGGCGGAGGUGGAGGCGGCCGGCCGCGCCCGCCCAGGCGGCGGCGGCGGCGGCGGCGGCGGCAAGAUGGCCGACUUCCUGCCGUCGCGCUCCGUGCUGUCCGUGUGCUUCCCGGGCUGCGUGCUGACGAGCGGCGAGGCCGAGCAGCAGCGCAAGUCCAAGGAGAUCGACAAGUGCCUGUCGCGCGAGAAGACCUACGUGAAGCGCCUGGUGAAGAUCCUGCUGCUGGGCGCGGGCGAGAGCGGCAAGUCCACCUUCCUCAAGCAGAUGCGGAUCAUCCACGGGCAGGACUUCGACCAGCGCGCGCGCGAGGAGUUCCGCCCCACCAUCUACAGCAACGUGAUCAAAGGUAUGCGAGUGCUGGUAGAUGCUCGAGAGAAGCUUCAUAUUCCUUGGGGAGAUACCUCAAACCAGCUCAAUGGAGACAAGAUGAUGGCAUUUGACACCCGGGCCCCCAUGGCGGCCCAGGGAAUGGUAGAAACCCAAGUUUUUUUACAAUAUCUUCCCGCCAUCAGAGCAUUAUGGGCAGACAGUGGCAUACAGAAUGCCUAUGACCGGCGUCGGGAAUUUCAACUGGGUGAAUCUGUAAAAUAUUUCCUGGAUAACUUGGAGAAACUUGGAGAACAAGAUUACAUUCCAUCCCAACAAGAUAUCCUGCUCGCCAGAAGACCCACCAAGGGAAUCCAUGAGUACGACUUUGAAAUUAAAAACGUCCCUUUCAAAAUGGUUGAUGUAGGCGGGCAGAGGUCCGAGAGAAAACGUUGGUUCGAAUGCUUCGACAGUGUGACAUCAAUCCUUUUCCUCGUUUCCUCAAGCGAGUUUGACCAGGUGCUCAUGGAAGACCGACUGACCAACCGCCUCACAGAAUCCCUGAACAUUUUCGAAACAAUUGUCAAUAACCGGGUUUUCAGCAAUGUCUCCAUAAUUCUCUUCCUAAACAAGACAGACUUGCUUGAGGAGAAAGUGCAAAUCGUGAGCAUCAAAGACUAUUUCUUGGAAUUUGAAGGAGACCCGCACUGCUUAAGAGACGUCCAAAAAUUCUUGGUGGAAUGUUUCCGCAACAAGCGCCGGGACCAGCAGCAGAAGCCCUUGUACCACCACUUCACCACCGCCAUCAACACGGAGAACAUCCGCCUGGUCUUCCGCGACGUGAAGGACACGAUCCUUCAUGACAACCUCAAGCAGCUCAUGCUGCAGUGAUGGACGGACACGAGGCGGGCUCUUUUCCUAGCUUUUUGUCUUUUCGAUUGUUUUCUGUUGGUUUUGUUUUUUAAAAAAUAGCCGUUUACAAUAGGAAUUAGGAAAAAAGGAAAAAAAAAGGCCUUGAUUCUCUGUUUAACUUCUUGGAAAUCUUAGUCCUUCUGCGGACUUGGGUUUGUGGCUGAAAGCUGCUCAGUAACGCAUCACCUGCGUCUGCUGAAUUUCGGGUCCGGCCGGGCUCCCUCUGACUCCACUUGGGGGGAGGGGAAGGCCUCGUUUCCUGCCAGGCCACUGCCAAGGUGCCCCCCAGGCUUUCAAUUCUCUGACUUUUCAGACUGAAUUCUCCAGUAGUGCCAAGUAGAGCAGGUGUCCUUUCGUGUCUGUAGUAUGAGAUUAAAGAGUACUCAGUUCUUGAGCAAGGUUCCUCACAUAAGCAGCAGUGCCCGUG